CUUCAAUGGUUGCUCUACUAUAAAGCUUUUACUUUCUUGAUCAUUAUCUCUGCAUCAUCAUUCUUUUACAUUCUCAUCUUUCUGCUCUUCAAAGGUAAGUGAGAGAUGGGAGAAGUUCUGGUUCAUGGGACCCUCCAUGCCACAAUCUAUGAGGUGGAUAACCUGAAGGCUGGUAAUGCUGGUAAUAUUUUAACCAAGCUGCUACACAACAUCGAGGAAACCAUUAAGAUUGGGAAAGGAAUAACCAAACUAUAUGCAACAAUUGAUCUGGAAAAAGCACGCGUGGGAAGAACAAGAAUCAUAGAAAAAGAACACACAAAUCCUAAAUGGUGCGAGUCUUUUCACAUUUACUGUGCUCAUACGGCAUCAAAUGUCAUAUUCACAGUGAAAGAUGACAACCCAAUCGGUGCAACCUUGAUCGGAAGAGCAUACAUUCCCGUCGAGGAGAUUCUGGACGGCAAAGAAAUAGAUCGAUGGGUUGAAAUCUUGGACGAACACAAAAAACCAAUACAUUCACAUUCCAAGAUCCAUGUGAAGCUCCAGUACUUCGAUGUUUCAAAAGACCUCAACUGGGGCCAAGGAAUCAGAACUCCUAAAUUCCCCGGAGUUCCGUACACUUACUUCUCACAGAGACAAGGAUGUAGGGUUUCCUUGUACCAAGAUGCUCAUGUUCCAAACAACUUUGUUCCGAGAAUACCACUUUCUGGAGGCCGCACUUACCAACCUCGUAGAUGUUGGGAAGAUGUUUUUGAUGCAAUCAACAACGCACAGCACUUGAUAUACAUUACGGGGUGGUCUGUGUACGCUGAGAUCACGUUGGUGAGAGAUUCUAGGAGACCAAAACCUGGAGGAGAUGCAACACUCGGUGAGCUUCUGAAGAAAAAAGCACGUGAUGGUGUUAGGGUUUUGAUGCUUGUGUGGGAUGAUAGAACUUCUGUUCCUCUGUUGAAAGAAGAUGGGUUGAUGGCUACUCAUGAUGAAGAUACCGGGAACUACUUCUACGACAGUGAUGUGCACUGUGUUCUAUGCCCUCGCAACCCUGAUGACGGUGGAAGCGUUGUUCAGGAUAUAGAAAUUUUCUCCAUGUUUACGCAUCAUCAGAAAAUCGUGGUUGUGGACAGUGCUUUACCUAGAUCAGAUAAUAAACGAAGAAUUGUGAGUUUUGUGGGGGGGAUUGAUCUCUGUGAUGGAAGAUACGACACACAAUUUCACUCACUUUUCAGAACGCUGGGAACAGCGCAUCACGAUGAUUUUCAUCAACCUAAUUUUCCACACACUACGGUGAAAAAAGGUGGUCCAAGGGAACCAUGGCACGACAUUCAUUCUCGGCUUGAAGGGCCAGUUGCAUGGGAUGUUUUGUUCAACUUUGAGCAGAGAUGGAGGAAGCAAGGUGGAAAGGACUUGCUGAUUCCUCUGAGAGACCUUGAAGAUUUGAUUAUUCCUCCAUCGCCGGUAACUUACCCUGAUGAUCACGAGACAUGGAACGUGCAGUUCUUUCGAUCCAUUGAUGGUGGAGCGGCUUCUGGGUUCCCCGAGACUCCUGAAGAAGCUGCAAGAUCUGGACUCAUCAGUGGGAAGGAUAACGUAAUCGACAGAGGCAUUCAAGAUGCUUACAUCAACGCCAUUCGAAGAGCGAAGAACUUCAUCUACAUUGAGAAUCAGUACUUCCUCGGAAGCUCUUAUGCUUGGAGUGGUGGUGAUGGAAUUAAGCCCGAAGACAUUGGUGCGUUGCAUCUGAUACCGAGGGAGCUUUCUCUUAAGAUUGUUAGUAAGAUUGAAGCUGGGGAAAGGUUCAGUGUUUAUGUUGUGAUUCCGAUGUGGCCGGAGGGUUACCCGGAGAAAGGAACAGUUCAGGCAAUAUUGGACUGGCAGCGGAGAACAAUGGACAUGAUGUACAAGGAUGUUGUCGGAGCAUUAAAGGGCAAGGGGAUUGAGGAAGAUCCUCGGAACUAUUUGACAUUCUUCUGUCUUGGUAACAGAGAGGUGAAGAAAGAGGGAGAGUACGAGCCUCCAGAAAGACCAGAUCCCGAUACAGAUUAUAUCAGAGCUCAAGAGUCUCGACGCUUCAUGAUUUAUGUUCAUGCCAAGAUGAUGAUAGUUGAUGACGAAUACAUAAUCAUUGGAUCUGCCAACAUAAACCAGAGAUCAAUGGAUGGUGCCAGAGACUCGGAGAUUGCAAUGGGUGCAUAUCAACCCUAUCAUCUGAGUAGAAACGAGGGUGCAAGGGGUGAGAUCCAUGGUUUUCGCAUGUCAUUGUGGUAUGAACACGUUGGCAUGCUUCAUGAGUCCUUUCUCCACCCUGAAAGUGAAGAAUGUAUAAAGAAGAUAAACGAGAUGGGUGAAAAGUAUUGGGAUCUUUACACUACCGAGCCACUUGAAGGAGACCUUCCCGGUCACCUUCUCCGGUACCCUAUUGCAGUUUCCGGCGAAGGAAGUGUGACACAGCUGAAAGGAUUUGAGUUCUUCCCCGACACGAAGGCUCCUGUUCUUGGAGUCAAAUCGGACUACAUGCCACCUAUUCUUACUACUUAGUUUUCUCUAAAUUUUUAAAUAAAAUAAUUGUUUGUGUUUAUUUUUAUUUUUUUGUGCC